AUGAGGUGUCUAAGUAUAUGCACAAGUAAUUGCAAAUACGAUGUGGUCAGAAGAGUUGCAUCAAAAUUUGGAAUGCGUGAAGUUGGAGAGGAGAGCAGUUGGAAUCUUUAUUGGACCGAUUUGAGUAUCAGCAUUGAGAGAGCAAAGGAAAUGAAACGUUUUCAAAAAGUUAAUCACUUCCCAGGAAUGACUGAAUUAUGUCGAAAGGAUUUACUCGCGAGAAAUUUAAAUCGAAUGCUCAAACUUUUCCCCCAGGACUACAAUUUCUUUCCAAAAACUUGGUGUUUUCCCGCUGAUUUAGGAGAGGCAAUAGCGUAUUCAAAGGUGCGAAAAUCAAAAACAUUUAUAAUUAAGCCAGAAACUGGUUGCCAGGGACGUGGGAUUUAUUUAACAAAAAAUUUAAAAGACAUUAAGCCCUACGAUCGUUUAAUUUGUCAAGUGUACCUUUCCAAGCCUUUCUUAAUCGACGGUUUCAAAUUCGAUCUUCGAGUCUACACAUUGAUAACGUCAUGUGAUCCACUCAGAAUUUAUGUUUACAAUGACGGACUCGUUAGAUUUGCCACUACUCGCUAUAAGGAACCAAUGAAUCACAAUACAUCCAAUGUUUUUAUGCACUUGACUAAUUAUUCAGUUAACAAGCACAGUCGAAUGUUUGUCAUCGACGACGAAGUCGGAAGUAAGAGAAAAAUAUCAACACUGAACAAAUGGUUGAAAGAGAAUAAUAUCGCUAUUGAUGAAUUGUGGUGUAAAAUUGACGAAGUAAUUGUAAAAACAAUACUCGCUGCUGUUCCCAUAUUAAAGCACAACUAUCACACGUGCUUUCCAAAUCACGAUUUGACUUAUGCUUGCUUUGAAUUAUUGGGAUUUGAUAUACUUCUCGAUUGGAAAUUGAAACCAUUUCUCUUGGAGGUAAAUCAUUCUCCAAGUUUUCAUACCGAUGCCCAAUUAGAUAAGGACGUGAAGGAGUCUUUAUUGAUAGACACAUUCGAGAUGUUAAAUCUUCAAUUGUGUGACAAGAAAAAAGUCAUCGAGGAAGAUAGAAAACGAAUAAAGGAAAGAUUAUUGCAGGGAAUCAAUGGCGUUAAGGAUUCAAAUUUAACUACAGGGGACCAAGUGAAAAAAAUUGAAAUAAAUUCAAUUCAAGUUCAACAGAAAUGGGAGGACGAGCACAUGGGAAAUUUUCGACAAGUUUAUCCUGGUUCGCAAUGCGAGAAAUAUGAUCAAUUUUUCAAACAAACAACGACAUCGAUGUUUCAAGACACGGCAUCGUCAAGAGCCCGUGAAGAGGCAUCGAAACUCCAACGAGAAGAAACAGAUAUGAAAAUAAAAGAAGAGGAGAGCAAAAGAAUUGGAGGAAAGUCGAGUGAAUAUAAAACAAGUUCAGAAAGUCCGAGAGCAAAGAAAUUGAAUUUUACCAGAGAAAAAAUUAAAUCAUUGCCAAUAAAUCGCAAGCAGAUAAAAAAGUCACCUCAACCAACAUCAGUUGAAAAUAAAUUUAAUUAUUCCUUUCGACCUGAAAUAAUAUCAGCUACGGAGGAACGUGAAAGAAUUGCCGCAAUGGCACAUCGUGAUUUUUUAAUCAAAAGUUAUGGAAUGCUGGAGCAAAUUUAUUUAUCGAUGAAGAAAAAUGGUGUUUUACGAAUUGCCGACGAGAGGAAAUAUUUCUAUUAUAACAACAAUAAAUUGGGUUACGAGAGAAAAAAAUUGAAUUCCGGGGUUAAUAAAAAUAUAUUAUUCGAUUCGUCAUGGGGGAAAUUGACGGAAAAAUCUGAUAACUUCUGUAGAAGUGCGUCGAAAAGAAUUAAAUUAAAGUCGAUUGUCAAUGAGGUCGAUUGUUUGAUUCAGAAAUCAUUUAAUACCGAAAACAAUGAGUCCAGUUAUGAUAACUAUCUAAAGGUAACUUGCAGUGAAAUUCCAAUUUACACGCGAUCAAAUAUUAACAACAAAAUUUCCACUGAGGAUUUCAAUUCCGAGGAGCAAAUGAAAAAUAUUCACUUGGCAUCAAAUAAUUCGAAAAAUUUCCAACUUUACACUCUCACUAAACAAGAUAAGUUCAAUUCUAUAAAAAUUAAAUAG